AUGGGGCUGACACUUGAAAAGACUUAUGAUGGUGGCAUAUCAGAAUCUUCAAAGCAUGAAGCUCAUGCGGGAUACACGUAUUGUGCUAUUGCAGCGCUUUCACUUCUUAACCGACUUCCCAAUCCUGCUGAAACACCAGAAUAUUCCACACAGAUAUUAACCAACAUUCCAGAGACCAUACGCUGGCUUGUGUCGAGACAAACAGAAUAUCGAGAAGAUGAAGAAGAUGAAGAACACGAGAUAGAAGAAAAUAACGAGGAAGGCCACCAGGAUAUAAACUCAACAUUAAAUGAUAUUAGUUCGGAUUUUCAUGGCGGAUGCUUUAUAGGAUUCAAUGGAAGAUGUAACAAACUAGUCGAUACUUGUUACGCUUUCUGGGUUAUUGCAUCUCUAGAUCUGAUUUUCAGGGGCCAAGCAAACUUGGUAGAUAAACUCGCAGCUCGUCGCUUCCUCUUGAAACAAACUCAACAUCAGAUAGGUGGUUUCAGUAAAAUACCCGGAGACCCCCCAGAUAUUUAUCACUCCUAUCUUGGCCUUGCUGCAUUGGCAUUGAUGCGAGAACCAGGUCUCAAAGCACUUGAUCCGGCACUUUGUGUUAGCCUAGAACACAGGAGCAGAAUUCUGCAAUUACGAGAUGAUGCAUUAGUACCAACACAUAUAUAUUGGAAGCAUGGUUACUGCUUUUUAAUUCGGGAAGAUGACACAGAAUUUGAAUCUGAGACUACCUGCGAGAUAUAG